AGUUCUAUUGCAAACAACAAAUUCUCUAUUUUUCUCCUAUUCUUUUGUAUCAAUGAAAUUGAAAACACUAAACCAAUUUCAUUCUCAUUUCUGUCACCAUCGUCAACUCAUAUCUCCGGUGAGGAAACAGGAACAAUAAAUGCCUCAAUAUAGUCCAACCGCUAAAAACCGCCAGUUCCAAGUUCCAACGGUUUUAUACCGGUUUUAAUCUGGUUUCUUGACAGGGAAGAAAUAAAAUUCAUUCAUGGUUAUAGCAAAGGGUCGUUUAUAAAUUGUUUAUAUUUUCAGAAAAUCAAUAUGUUUUUGAAAAAUAACAAUAACUUUUUAUGCCCUUUAUGUGUUUGUAAUAAUUCCUCACUGGGGUGGCAUACAUUACAUAUAUAGUACUUUAUGCAUUUUGUGAGUUUGUUGGAUCAUGUCAUGUUUGUCUGCGGUCAGAAAAAUACGAUUAUGAAUUGAUGUUGUCAGUCAUCAUCGGUAGUAAUUUGAUCAAGAAUGACGGUUUAAAUUUUAAGUAUAAACGUUCCAAAUUUAAGCUCAAUAUUUUGAAUAAUACCAAAAAAAGUCUACUUUUUGGUGAUCGUCCGAUCAAGAUUUGGACGAUUACCAAUUCUCUAACCGCAUAAAUGUGUCAAAUUUGUCCUCUGAGUGAAUCCAGUUUCAGUCUUGUCCCUUAUCUUUUCUAGCAUUUUUCCCUUAAAUAUAUGAUGACAUUAUUGACACAAAUACUUUGACUUCAAAUUUUUUUUUUUGGUAGAAACUUUGACUUCAAUUAUUUCGGCAGUAUUAGUAAUCAGUGGUCAACGGAUACAUAUAGUAGAAAACAAUUAAAGCAUUAAUUAGUAUUCAUUUAAGGGAUAGAAAAAUGAUUAAUAAUAGUAUAGUAUAUGAUUUUUUUUUACUAAAUUAAUACUAGUACUCUAUAUGAUAAAAAUAAACUUAAAAGUUGGCACAUUAAUAUAAUUAUAUGCAUGCACUCUCAUCUUAGAUUAAUACUUUAAAGUCUCUGAAAUUUAUGAACUUAUCUGUUCCUUGUUAAUUCUAAGAUGAACACUUCCUCUCAGUUUCUGUUCUUUUCAUUAACUGUCAUUUGGUUCAUAUCUCUAACAGCUUUUGGAGCUAAAACUAUUCAUCCAGAUGAAAAGGAAGCUCUUAAAGCUAUAGCUAAAGCACUUGGUAAGAAGGAUUGGAAUUUUGACAUAGAUCCAUGUAGCAACAAACCUAACUGGGUUACGCCGCCCAUACCGAAAGUCUUAGAUAACAAUGUCACUUGUGACUGCUCUAUUGCUGGUGACAACUACUGCCAUGUUAUUUGGAUAAGUUUGAAAGGGCAAAGUCUCCAAGGCACUCUCCCACCGGAACUGAGCAGGUUGCGUUACCUUCAAAUGAUUGACCUCGCUCGCAAUUACUUGUGCGGUCCAAUUCCUAAAGAAUGGGGCUCUCUGACGAAUAUUUAUAAAUUUGCUCUCCUCGGGAAUCGUUUAACGGGUCCAAUACUAGUGGAGAUUGCAAACUUAACUAAUCUCCAAAUCUUCGAGUUAUUUAACAAUCAAUUGUCUGGAACCCUUCCUCCGGAGCUUGGGUAUCUACCGAAAAUUCAAGACCUGCGACUUUCCUCUAACAAGUUUUCUGGAGAAAUACCUGCGACAUUUGCUAAGCUCACUACAUUGCUUGAUUUCCGAAUUGAGGACAACCACUUCUCCGGAAAGAUACCUGAUUUUAUCCAGAACUGGAAAAAUAUCGAUACACUAAUCAUUCAAGGGAGUGGAUUAAGUGGCCCGAUUCCGUCUGGAAUAUCACUUUUGAGAAACUUAACCGACUUGAGAAUUAGUGAUUUGAAAGGAACUGAAUCUUCACCUUUUCCACAACUUAAUAAUCUGACAUUGUUAAACAGACUGAUUCUGAGGAAUUGCAACAUCAAUGGAAAACUACCUGAAUAUAUUGGGAAUUUGAAAGCAUUAAAACACUUAGACCUCAGCUUUAAUAAAUUAAGUGGACCAAUUCCAAGGAGCUAUGCUGACAUCAACAGUUUGAAAUACAUAUUUUUAACCGGAAACCUUCUGACUGGACCAGUGCCUGAUUGGAGAACGAAUGUCAGCGUAGAUCUUUCAUACAAUAACUUCAGCAUCAGCCAAGGGAGUCAAAUAUGUAAUGCUGCAAAUGUGAACUUAUUCUCUCCCUCAUGGGCACGCAAUGACACAGGAACAACUUCUUGUUUGCGCUUACAAUGUCCCAAACCAUCAACCUCUCUUUAUAUAAAUUGUGGCGGAAAGCAAGCAACAAUCAACGGAACAAGAUAUGAUGAUGAUUCAGAUUCACCUGCACCAGCUAAACUCUAUGUCAGUCCAACAGGAAAUUGGGCAUCUAGCACCACUGGUAUAUUCAUUGAAAGUGUUAACCUUGGAGAAACUUAUUCCCCGCAAAAUAUCACUAAACUUACUAUGGUGGAUGCUGAAUUGUACACGAACGCACGUGUUUCUCCUAUUUCUUUGACUUAUUACGGGUUUUGCCUCGCAAAUGGAGCCUACUGGGUAAAUCUACAUUUUGCUGAAAUAAUGUUCCCAAACGAUAAAAGUUAUCAUAGUCUUGGAAGGCGUGUAUUCGAUAUCUACAUUCAGGGAAAUUUGGUGCAAAAGGACUUUAAUAUUGCAGAAGAAGCAGGAGGAGUUGGUAAGAAAGUCAUAAAACUGUUCAACGAUGUUGAUGUUACUAGUAAUACCUUGGAGAUCCGCUUGUAUUGGGCUGGAAAAGGGACACAAUCCCUCCCGGAUAAAUCAGUAUACGGUCCUCUUAUAUCAGCUAUAUCAGUCAAAAAAUUUGCUUAGUUAUGCUUUGAAGUUUGAACGUUCCUAAUCUUAUACAAAAAAAUUAUCCAUGUUAUGAUGAUCUAAUAUUUAAAACUCUUGUAUAAUAACGAAAUCGAUUUCUUGCUGAACCAUCCGAUCUAAAACCAAUGGCUGAAAUUAAUAACCGUGGCAAA